AUGGCUACAGACUCGAUGGAGAUUGACGACUCUCUUUACAGCCGCCAGCGAUAUGUGCUUGGAGACAGUGCCAUGCACCAGAUGGCCCAGUCCUCAGUCUUUCUCAGUGGAAUGGGAGGACUGGGAGUAGAGAUAGCAAAAAAUAUUGUCCUGGCUGGUGUAAAGGCAGUCACGCUUCAUGACACAAAACAGUGUGAGACCUGGGAUCUUGGCUCCAACUUCUUUAUCCGCAAAGAGGAUGUUUUGAGCCAGAGGAGGAGGGUGGAGGCAGUGUGCCCUCACGUUGCAGAGUUGAACCCUUAUGUCCACGUUGACAUGUCUUCCUCUGCUCUUGACGACAACACUGAUCUCAGUUUUCUCAGAAGGUACCAGUGUGUGAUUUUGACUGAGGCCAGAUUGAGCCUACAGAAGAGAGUAAAUGAGUUCUGCCACUCACAACAACCCCCUAUCAGAUUCAUCAGCUGUGACGUGUACGGUAUCUGUGCACGAGUGUUUUGUGAUUUUGGAGAAGAGUUUGAGGUGUUCGACCCCACAGGAGAGGAGCCCAAGGAGGUUUUCAUUCAAAGUAUCACUCAGGAUAAUCCUGGGGUGGUAACCUGCAUGGACAACCAACCCCACGGCCUACAGACAGGGCAGAGUGUUGUUUUCAGAGAGGUCGGCGGCAUGGUGGAGCUCAACGGCACGUCUCGGCAGGUUUCAGUCCUUUCUUCUCACAGCUUUGCAGUAGGAGACACAUCUCAGCUACAACUAUACACACAUGGAGGUUUCUUUGUCAUGGUGAAAACCCCUAAAAUGUACAGAUUCGAAACAUUAGAGCGACAGCUGUGUGAACCUCGGGUCCUGACUCCGGACUUCAGUAAACCAGAGGCCCCACUUCAAAUCCAUGCUGGCAUGUUGGCACUGGACACCUUCCAGGAGCAGCACAGUAGACUUCCUAACACUGGGUGUUUACAGGAUGCUGAGGUUUUACUAAAGCUGACUGAGGAAGUGAAUGCAGCUCUCAAGAGCAAAGCUUCUGUGAAUACUGAGCUAGUACGCUGCCUUUCAAGGACAGCAAGGGGUACUCUCCCUCCAUUAGCAGCAGCUGUUGGAGGUUUAGCCAGUCAGGAAGUUCUUAAGGCCAUCACAGGGAAGUUUGCACCCCUGCAGCAAUGGUUUUAUCUUGACGCUAUUGAGGUAGUCAAGCCACUUCAGCCUCUUUCUGCUGAGGAGUUUUCCCCUAGGGGUGAUCGAUAUGAUGGAUUACGAGCUUGCAUUGGUGACUCACUGUGUUUACAACUACACAAGCUAAGGGUCUUUAUGGUUGGCUGUGGAGCAAUAGGCUGUGAGAUGCUGAAAAACUUUGCCCUGCUUGGAAUUGGAUUGGCCAAGAGCUCAGGGGAGGUGUGCAUCACAGACCCAGACCUCAUAGAAAAGUCUAACCUCAACAGGCAGUUUCUCUUCAGGCCACGUCAUAUACAGAAACCCAAAAGUACCACAGCAGCAGAGGCUACUCGUGAUAUAAACCCAGACCUACAGGUGGAAGCUCACCUCAACAAGGUGUGUCCGGCUACUGAGAACAUCUACAAUGACUCAUUCUACUCUUCAUUAAACAUAGUGGUCACUGCGCUGGACAACGUAGAGGCACGGAGAUAUGUGGACAGCCGCUGUGUAUCCAAUCAGAGGCCUCUCCUAGACUCUGGCACCAUGGGAACUAAAGGGCACACCGAAAUCAUUGUGCCAAACUUGACAGAGUCUUACAAUAGCCAUAGGGACCCCCCAGAAGAGGAGAUCCCAUUCUGCACUCUCAAGUCUUUCCCUUCUGUUAUAGAGCACACCAUCCAGUGGGCCAGAGAUAAGUUUGAGAGUGCCUUUGUCCACAAGCCCUCCAUGUACAACUCGUUCUGGCAGACCCAUUCCUCGGCUGAGGUGGUGCUGCAGAGGAUGCAGGCAGGGGAAAGUCUGGAAGGGUCAUUCCAGGUCAUAAAGCUGCUGAGCAGACAGCCCACUCAGUGGGAACAAUGCGUCGCUGUUGCUCGUCUGAAAUUUGAGAAAUAUUUCAAGAGAAAGGCCCUACAGCUGCUGCACUCCUUCCCCCUGGACACAAGGUUAAAAGAUGGAAGUUUGUUUUGGCAGUCUCCAAAAAGACCACCAACACCUCUUGAAUUUGACUUGAAAGACUCUUUGCACUUUGCUUUCAUUGUGAGCACUGCCCGGCUCUUCGCAGGGAUUUAUAACAUCCCUUAUUCUGAAAGGGAUCUUUCUGAAGAGGCUAUUACCAGGACUCUUGCAGAUGUCAAGAUUCCAGAGUACAGGCCCUCAGAAAAAUGCAUAGAAACAGAUGAGACGGCAAAGAAGCCUGAUCAGAUAAAGAUGCCUCUAAGCAGUGAAGAGGAAAGGGACGCCAUCGCUCAUUUGGAGCAGGCUAUUGCUACUGACAGGGUCACACCAGAACGGUUACGGAUGAGUCCACUUCAGUUUGAAAAGGAUGAUGACAGCAACGGUCACAUGGACUUUGUCGCAUCAGCAUCCUCUCUUAGAGCCAUCAUGUACUCCAUUGAGCCAGCUGACAGACUUAAGACCAAACGCAUUGCUGGGAAGAUAAUCCCCGCCAUUGCCACGGCAACAGCUGCAGUGGCUGGUUUGGUGGCGCUGGAGUUGAUCAAGGUGGUUGGAGGCUUCGGGUUUGAAUCACACAAAAACUGCUUCUUUAACUUGGCCAUUCCUGUAGUCGUUCUUACUGAGCCUGCUGCAGUCAAACAGACACUCAUAAGGAACAACAUCUACUACACCAUCUGGGACUGCUGGACUGUCUUUGGCCACGAGGACUUCACUCUCUCUGACUUCAUGAAUGCUGUCAGGGAAAAGUAUGGAAUUGAACCCACUAUGGUCGUCCACGGUGUAAAAAUGCUCUAUGUGCCUGUGAUGCCUGGACACUCCAAGAGGCUCAAAUUGACGAUGCAUAAACUAAUCAAGCCAUCAGUGGACCGCCGCUACGUAGACCUUACUGUGUCAUUUGCUCCAGAGGCAGAUGGAGAUGAGGACCUCCCUGGUCCUCCGGUCAGGUACUACUUCAGCCCCGAUGGCGAGACUCCCUGACACCUCCCUCAAUGUCAUCCUCAAGCCUCUUGUGUCCUUAUUUCCCUUCUUUUAUGUAAAUUGUUACACCCCAAUUGCUUAGGCAUGGGCCAAGAGUUUUCCCUCAGGAUGUUACCUGACAAAGUCAAAACUCCUUGCCUUAGCACAAACCCCUCUUGUACUUCAUGGAGCAAGAAAAGCCAGUCGUGGUCCCAGUUCUGUUUUUUUUUUUUUUGUUGUUUUUUCCCCCGUUGCCUAAGAUCUAGCCAGUGGAACACAAGGAGUAGCACUUAUAAUUAUACCUGUGUACAUAUACUUUCUUUUUUCUUUUUCUUUUUUUUUACUCUGGUGAAAUGCACAGCUCUGGUUGUGUCGAUGCCUUAAUUGAUUAUUAACCUUUUUUUCUGUUUGUGGCAGCGAGUCUGACUAAAAUCUGUGUUUACAGGAAUCUUUAAACUCCCAACACACAGACCCAUUUAGUUGUUGUGUUCAACUUUUUUUUUUUUUUGUGAGUUAAACAUUUGGCACAAUAAAAACAAGUAGUUGGUAGGCCUCACAACAUCUUCAUCCUCUGAGUUCUUUGAGAAUAUUGCCAACCACAAAUUUGCCAAUUAUUUUCUGUCUCCCUCUAUAGAAAUAAAAUUUAAAAAAUCAAGAUUUGUUGUAUAAUUUUAAGGUGCGACAAGUUAAGUGGACAAUGGCAAAACCACCAAAGAUAGCAAUUAUCAUUUUGUCUGCAGAUUGUUUUUUUUUUUUUCCCCCCCCCCAUCACUUUGACUGCCUCAUUAUAAAACAUGUUUCAAACACGGGGCAUGGAUAUCACCCAGCAUUUGAGAGCAACACACAAGCUGUGUUUUACUUAAAGGUUAAGCUGAAGUUGUUCUGCAGUCAGUCGGGUGUAAAAUGACACAGUCAGUGUGCGGUGCACUUAAAAACAAAAAAUGGGUUAAAAAAAAAAGUUAAUUGUAGCUGUUAGUCUUACCUACCUUAAUAAAUACUUGGGUAAUGACUGCACUGACAUUAGUUUGAGCAAACAAGAUGUUCUUCAUUAACAAUACAAAAACUGACGUGAGUUUACUGUUUCACACAUAGAAAAGCCUUAUUUUGACAGACAUCAAACAUCUGGGGUCACACUCCUGUGUUAUAACACAUUUGUUUUAAAAGAAAAUCUUUGCUGUUCAUGAUUUGUUGUAUUUGUUCAUGAAUGUCUGUGACAUGUAUUUAUUUACUUGUUAUGCUUUUUUUUUUUUGUUUUUGUUUUUUGGGUCAGACUGAGCCUGUAUUGAUGAGCUCUGAGUAAUGGUGCACUGGUUAAAUAAUCAAUAAUGAAUAGUAGUCAUCCAGAAAGUCUUUCUCCAGGUUUAUAAUUCUCCCUUUCAUUAAGUUCCAGGUUAAAAAGAAGGCUUUCGAUGAGUCUGUAGUGCCUACAGUGGCAAUAACGUCAGUGUAGUUUUGAAUGGAAUCAGUUAAAUUGAACUUUGUCUUGAAGAUUAAGUUGCAUCUUAUCAUCUGUCUUGGACCUUCUGGCUGAACACCACAACGAGAUGCUUCCUCAGUGUUCCUUUGUUUCUCUGCUCAAAACCAGAGGUGGUGAAAUUUCCUUUCUACAGCAGAUGUCUACCCAUAUUGACAACACUUCUUGUGCAGUGAAUUCAUCAUUUUAAAACAAAGCAGUGUUAAUUACAGAUACUGAUGUAUGUUCUUGUGACAGACGAGCUCAACCAGUGGUCCAAUAAAAUGUGAGAUUUCAGGAUGUCUUCAAAA